AUGACCACCCCAAUCCAACCCCUUACCCUCUACGGCAAAGGGGGCCCCAACCCACCCCGCGUGGCCAUCAUCCUCACCGGACUCGCCCUCCCCUACACCACCAUCCCGAUCCCUCUCUCCACCGUCAAACAACCCCCCUACACUUUCAUCAACCCCAACGGCCGUCUCCCCGCCCUCCACGAUCCCAACACCAAUCUCACGAUCUGGGAAUCCGGCGCCAUCAUCCAAUACCUUAUCUCCAGAUACGACAGAACCCACACGAUCAAUUUCCCCGAGGGUACAAACGAGAACUAUCUCACGGCGCAGUGGAUGUUCUUCCAGGCGAGCGGACAGGGUCCGUAUUAUGGCCAGGCGUCGUGGUUUAAGAAGUUUCAUCCGGAGAGGGUACCGAGUGCGGUGGAACGGUAUGUAGGGGAGAUUAGGCGGGAGAGGAUGAAAGAGGAAAAGGAGGAUGAAGGGGACGGACCGUGGCUGGUAGGGGGAAAGUGUAGUGUUGCGGAUUUGGUGUGGGUGAGCUGGCAGGUCAUUGUGACUCGGGUGAUUACCAAGGAGGAUGGCUAUGAUGUGGAGGAGUUUCCGGUGGUAAAAGGAUGGUUGGGAAGGAUGCUGGAGAGGGAGGCUGUGAGGAAGGUGAUGGCGGAUGUGGAGCCGGUGCUUUGA